UCGUUGGGCCGGGUCACUUGGCCAGCCGCCCAUUGUUUCGGCAGUAGUGUUCAGUCAGCAUGUCGCAACAGAAGCAAAAAUCGCAGGAGUCCAAUCCGACCGCCAGGUGGCGCCUGGAAGGACCCCAAAGAUGUGCCUUGGCCUCCUUCUUCGGGGAGUUCGUGGCCACGGCCGUCUUCGUUUUCGUGGCCUGCAUGGGCUGUGUGGAGACGCCAGUGUUCCAGAACUCCCACUUCCGAAGUGGUCUCACCUUCGGGUUGGCCAUCCUCAUAGCCAUUCAGUGUUUUGGCUCAGUUUCGGGGGCCCAUCUGAAUCCUGCCAUCACCCUGGCGGCCUGGCUUUACGGAGCGAUUGGUUGGAUCAAGGCCGUAGCCUAUUUCCUGGCCCAGGCUGCCGGAGCCUUGAUCGGAUACGGUCUCCUGGUGGCUGUUCUGCCCGAGAGUUCCAUCAAGGGAGUGGACAACCCGGCGGGAGUUUGCGUAACAGUUCUAGCCCCGGAAAUCAGUGUACUUCAGGGAGUCUUCAUCGAGUUCCUCAUCACCUGCUGCCUGGUAAUGGUGGCCUGUUCCGUGUGGGAUCCCCGCAACGUCAGGCUCCAGGACUCGGUGCCCGUGAGGUUUGGCCUCACCGUCUCCUGUCUCAUCCUGACAGCAGGUCUCUUUACGGGAGCCAGCAUGAAUCCCACGAGAUCCUUGGGUCCCGCUGUGUGGAACAACUCCUGGGCGCAUCAUUGGAUCUACUGGGUGGGUCCUUUGGUGGCAGGGGCUGUCACCUCGCUGAUCUAUAAAAUGGCUUUCAAGGGCGAUGAGGAGAUCGAUUUGAGGAGUUCCGAUGCCAAGAUACGCAUGAUCGGGGAGGUUAUAGUGCAAUAAAUUAGUGUAUAUCAUCUAGCUGUACUUAUCGAAUUUUAACGAAAUAAAUAUGUUUAAAUAUCCUAAUAAA